AUGCUGAAGUUGAUUCGUGAUGCAAAGCCGCCGAGGAAGCCGAAGCAGCGUGUGACGUCCGCGGAGCCGUCUGACUUACCGCCGAAGAAGCGGUAAGU